AUGGCCGCGCUCAGCGUCAGCGCGGAGGACGCCGCGCGCGCCGCGGAGGCCGCUGCUGCCGCCGCGGCCGCGCCCAGCGCCAACGGGGGCGGGCGCGGCGAAGCGGACGCCCCUCCGCCGCAGCCAGCGCCGCCGGUGGCCCGGCCGUCGUAUGGCGCCCCCCCACCGCCGGCCCCUGUGGAGGAGCCCGCGCCACCGGCCUUCCGGCAGCAGCCCAGCAGCGGCGGCGGCGCCUACCAGCAGCAGCAGCCCCCGCCGCCGGCCGCCGCGGCCCCGCCCCCGCCGCAGCCGCCGCAGCAGCCGUCCUAUGGCUUCGCCGCCGCCGCCGCCGCGCCCGUCGCCGCAGCUGCCGCCGCCGCCGUCGCGGCCGCCGCGCCUGCUGCUGCGGAGGAGGAUGACCUGCUGGGUCUUGGGGAUGACGAGUUUGGGUUCGACGAGGCCGAGGUUGCGGGCGCAGGCGUGGGCGGCGGCGCGGGCGGCGGCGGCAUCGACCUGGAUGAUGACUGGGGGCUGGACGGGGAGGACGAGGCGGUGUGA